UCUCCUCUCUCUCUCUUGGUUGCUCUGUGAGCUUGUUGAAGAUGACAUUAGGUAGUCCCGUGAUGCUGUUCUGUUUUGGAGUUCCUGUAUGACAGGAGCAGCUGUUGUUGGUUCCAAGAAGUUUGAUAUCUGGAACGGAAGCUUAUUCAGCUAAUUGAAUCCUCUGGGAUGGCAUCAGGUGGGGAGGCGGGGCCCAUUUCAGACAACCCUGCUCUCGGUGGGAGAUCAUUGACGUCUUGCUUGUUGAAUCCUGUUCAGGCACUUUCUGCUCCUUUGCUUCCAAAGAUGGAUUAUUUAAGGGAUAACCCUGUGGGUUUGGGAGUGUCUGACACGGAGCUUCAAAAAAUACUGAUUGAUGAAAGAAUGAGAUGCGAGCACCACAAAACGAAUUAUCAAACACUUAAAGCUGAACACACAAGGCUACAGGACGAGUACACAAAGGCUCAACAUGAUCUGAAACGCAUGUUGGCUGAGAAACAGAGCGUCCAAGAUAAAUUUCAGUUACUGCUUGCUGAGCUGCGUGGGGAGAUGUUGGAUAAAACCAGAGAACUAGAGGAGCUGAAGAUGCAGGUCAUCACACCACAGAAGCUAGAAAUAUUAAGAGGUCAAAUUCAGCAGGAGCUAGAGGUGCCAAUGAGAGAGCGAUUUAGUAGACUUGAUGAGGAAGUAGAAAAGUACAGGUCAGAUUACAACAAACUUCGUUAUGAUUACACAUUUCUAAAAUCUGAAUCUGAACACCAGAAGGAGGCACACAUGCGCAUAUUAGAAGAAAACAAAAUCAGAUAUGAAUCUGAGAUUUCCAGAUUAGAACUAGACAAAGAGGACCUGAGUAACCAGCUGCUGAGCAUGGAUCCUUCUAGAGACAACAAGAGAGUUGAAUCGCUCCUCAGAGAAAAGGCUCAGCUGCUACAAAAGUUAAGGAGCCUUGAAGCAGAGGUCGCUGAGUUACGAGCUGAGAGAGACAACUCAGGAGCACAGGCAGAAAAUGUUCAGAGAAUACAGGUGCGGCAAUUAGCAGAGGCCCAGGCUGCAGUGAAGUCUUUGGAGGCGGAGAAACAAUCCUUGAGACUGCAGCUGGAGCGCUUUCAGAAAGAACUACAGCUAAGCCACGAACAAAAUACACAACUGACUAGCAAACUGCACAAGGCUGAGCGAGAGCUUAACACCCUUACUAAUAGUAAGGAAGAACUCAAACAUUCCCAUAAACUGGAAAUUUCUAAUACCAAACUAGAGGCUGCCCGAGCAAAGGGGGAAAUGGAGAGAGAGAGGGACAGCCUUCAGAGCCAAGUCAAUGGAUUACAGUCUGAUAUUGAAAUCCUGAAGACCACAAUUGAAAGGCACAAGAACCACAUAGCAGAAAAGGAAUGCGAGCUGAUACGCAAAGUUCAAGCAAUCAGGGAGGAAGAAUUUCAAAAACUUGCAGCAAUUCAAGAUGAAAAGCAGGAGUUGGAAAACCGAGUUUCUGACUUGGAGCAGCAGAAAGCAGUACAGGAAGCUGCAGGACGUUCAGAACAAGAACAGUGGGAGGAGAAAAUGCGGGCUAUGCAAGUAACUGAAGAGUCAGCAAAAAAGGAAGCUCAAAACCUUAGGGCUAAAGUGCAACAACAAGGGCUUCUCCUGGAAGAUCUUGAGAGAGAGAAAAAUGAGAAUGCCGAUCUUAGACAGCAAAACCAUGAUCUCCAAAUUCAAGUGACAGCACUGUCACAUUCAGAAAGCAACUUGCAUGAUGCCAAUGUGAAAUUGCGUGAGAUGCUGGAACGAAUGAAAGAGGAAAUACGAAAUGCAAGAAGCCAAGCAGAAAAGGCACAGCAGGAAGCAGAAAAAGUUCUUGAAGAUAGACGUAUAGAAUGGCUAGAAGAGAAACACAAACUGCAGGAGUGUUCUGCUACACUAGAAGAGAAGUACUGUCAAGCCAAGGAGAAGCUGCAGCGAGCUGCACUUGCACAGAAAAAGAGAAAGACACUAAAUGAAAAUAAACAGAAGAGAUUGCGAGAUACAAUCCAGCUGCUGGAAGCAAAGAAAGAAGAAUUAGAAAUUGAGAAAAGCACCUUAAACAAACAGUACACCUACACUGAAGAGCAUGCUAAGCUUCAAAAAAGACUAAAGGAUAUACAGCGGAGGCAUAAUGAAUUUCGCAGGCUUAUUCUAGGGCCACACAUGACGGCGGCCGGCAUUAACAAUUCUGCCAGUUUUCUGUCAUCCACGUUGGUGCCAGGAGCUCAGAUGGCAAUUUCUAAUCUCCAAGAAGAGCAACAUCAGAGUGAACUGUUCCUUUUGCGCAAACGAUUAGAAGAUCUGGAGACUACACAGCAGCAACAGCUGGAGGAACUUGGAGCCUCCUAGAACGUGAAAGGCAAGAAGCAUUUUGACACAGAAAAGACAUAAUAGAUAAGAUAUGAGAAACUGCAGAUCCAAAGCUGAUUGUGUGGUCUGAUUUUUUUUUUUCUUUCUAUCCCAGCAAAAUCGCUAAACAGUGUCAAUAUGAACUUUACAAUGAAUUAUAACUGUUAUUACCCGUAUACAGUUCCUGUAUAUCCUAUUUUAAUAAUAACACAUUUUUUAUAUAUUUUAUAUGACAAGUUUGUUUUAUAUGUUUUACAAACAGUAUUGGGUUAUAAAUCCUAACUGUGGCGCCACAAAUACAUACAUCUAUUUUACAGGCUGCAUUUCUCAUUUUCUUUUUAAAGUUAAUGCGAUUCCAAUAAAUCUUACCUAAUGUAUAGCCCUUAUUUCUUAGAUCUUGCAUUUUCCUAUAUGAAUCCUAAUUUAAUGAUCAUUUAAAAAAAAUUAUAUAUAUAU